GGCGAGGGCGUGGGGUCGCGGUAGUUGUCAAGAAAGUUGUAAGGAGCGGCGUGUACAAAAUCAACAAGCAAAAGCAGGAGUGCGGGUGGGAGGAGAGCCCGUCGCAUCGUCGUUUUAACUCCAGUCCCGGCCCUGAGAGUCGACCCUUAAGGCGGGUGAGGGCAGAUCAAUGUGCGCCGCAAAUGUGCUAAUCUGCGACACACAGGAGGGGCCGGGUGAAAUGCAAAGUGUAACAGCGUUCGACAUGGUGCCUGUAAAGAUGUGCGGGCGGCUGUAUGUAUAUCUGGGCUGUGGAUGGACGGGUCGCUGCGAGGGGAGGGGUGUGAUGGCUGGGGAUGCGAGGUACCGGCGCUGAUUGGCCCAGUGUUUCGUUGCGCGACCAUUCACUGCACCCCUGUAAGCGCCGGGCGGGGGCAGCUCAUGCGCGUCCAACCCACAGAGGAACAAGGUCUGAAUUGGCGAGCCGCCUGGCCACGCAGUCGGUGCCCAGCUCCAAUUUAAUGGCUUCCGAGAUGCAGAAUAUUGACGUGGAGUGCAGCAGCAGCGCUGUCGAGAGCGCAGAAACAAUGUUUCCUCGCCCCGCGAAACGCUCUCCCGCAAGAAACAGCACCCCAACACGAAGGCCCGUCUGCGACGCACGAUUCGCCUCACGCGGAUCUACGCGAGCUAGCCGAGACAGCACAGAGCGGAACUUGCCCUUCCCUUCCUUUCUUAUGCGAAGAGAACCCUGCAGCCGUCUCUCCACGAUCCUACUCGCUGGUGCCAUGUUUCCUCUGGCGCCGUGGUUGCCAAUCAACCCACACCCUCCAAGCCACCAGCCCUGGCAUGGCACCUGAGAGGACGCUCCGAGGUGAUUAUGCUGACUCGGGUUCCAGACCGCCUGGGUGCUCGGUCGUCCGGUC